AUGGCUCUCGCCUUGAACUGUGAGUCGGAUCUCAUGUCCCGCCAUGGAGGAAAAGAUGCCCUGCAACGCAACGUGCAGCGCAUGCAGCGUGCCAUUCCGCGGCAGCGCGGGGAGGAAGUGCCUUCCAGGCCAGAUUCGCCUCGCUCCGGCGGCAGCUCGCCGCGGAAUGGCUCACCACCCAAGGGGGCCUAUCACAAGGUGAAACUGGAGAUCGAGGUGGUGAAAGCGAGCGACAUCCCGGACGCUGCCAUCCUGGCCACGUGCGACCCCUACGUGAUCGUCAGUAUCGUGGAUGGCAACCCCUUGCAGGAUUCCAAAGCACUGAAAGAUUUCGAAGAGUGGCGCGCACUUCAUGAACAGUGGAGUGGGCAAACGCGUGUCAUCGAGGGCACGCGCGAUCCGGACUUCCGCGCGCGCUUUAGGGCUGAGGUGCGGAACCGCGAAACAACACACAUCCAUUUCAGGUUGCUGGAUCAGGACAACAUCUCUCAUGCAGACCGCAACAUCGGACAGGCGGUGUUGCCCUUGCAAGACCUUUUCGAUGACUCCUGGGCAGCCGUGCGAGCCAUUGCUCUGAGGCCCAUGGACCGCAAAGAUGCACACGCCUGGGCAGCCAUCUCCAAGACACGACUGCACGUGGCCGUCACCUGGGAAGGCAUCCUGGGGAAGGUGAAGAGUGAGGAACGGCUACGAGCUGCUGCACACUGGAAAGCGGGUGCCACACAUGCCAAGAGGGCCCAGCGCAAAGCGAACGAAGAGGGCACCGGCGAAGGACUGCUGGACUUCUUCACAUAG